AUGGCCGGCGCCGACCCCACCGGGCUCAAGCCCAACGCCUUCAUCGAGGCCAACGGCGCGGCGCGCGAGACGAUCGAGCGCGCGUUCCGCCUGACGCCGCGAACGAUCGGGCUCUUCGCCGUCUUCGGCGUCUUCGUCCCGGCGCUCAUCUAUCGCGGCGCCGUCAGGGAUUUCGACGCGAACGACGAUCGGUACGGACGACCGAGGAAGAAGUUCUUGUAG